GGAGGUGUGUGGCGAUUGUGAUCGGCUACUGUGUUUCUCCCUUCUACGCUCUGAACCACGUUUGUGGCGGGGGCUGGAUGAGCGGGAGCGGGAACGGGAGCUACUGUCAUGCCUGCUCCUCUGGUGACGAGGCUGGGAGAGGAAGGCAACAGGACAACCCUCAGCAAGAUAGUCAUCACUUCGAACAUCUGUAUCACCUCGACCACAAAGAUGCUGACCGUGUCUCUACUUGUCUGUGCCAUGAUGGCUCUGACCAGAGCUGCUGAAGGAGAGGCUGAUUCAAACUCAGGACCAGACGGCAUCAGCACCCUAGCUGUGAUAGCACCAUCCUGUCCUGAUGGUUGGACAAGUUACAAUGAUCACUGUUUCCUCUACGUUCCAACUACCAUGACCUGGGCCAAUGCUGAGAAACACUGUCAGACUCAGGGUGGAAACCUUGCAUCAGUGCACAGCUUUGAAGAGCAUAACGCGAUUCAGAGUAUGAUACAGGGGCAGAUGAUGGGGUAUCCUCUCACAUGGCUUGGAGGCUACGAUGCAACACAGGAGGGUACCUGGUUCUGGAGCGAUGGUACACCCUUUACUAUCAACUACUGGGCUCCAGGACAGCCUGAUAAUCGGGCAAAUGCACACUGUCUCUUGAUGAACUUUGGAGAUGAGAAGAAAUUUGAUGAUCAGCCUUGCGACUACUCAAAGUCGUUCGUUUGUGGCAAAAAGCUGUGACAUCUCUUUGGACAGCAGAGCCACACACUUAUCAUGAAUCACAGAAGAUGGGUGCAUGAUAGGAUGAUUGUUUUUUCUUGUCUUUAACACAAUUAAAGUUCUCAAGCAUUGAAAAAA